AUGGACAUUAAGAAAGAUCCCGAGUCGGCCUAUGCUGAAGACAAUGUUUCCUCGGCAGAAGGGCAAGUCGACCUUACGAGCGCGGCGUAUAGCCGUAUGCCAGAGUCGAUUCGCAACCUCAGUGACGAUGAGAGAGCGGUUAUCAACAAAAGACUAGUCCGCAAAGUGGACUUGUUUGUUCUUCCCACCAUUGGAAUCUUGUACAUUCUGAACUAUGUUGACCGUCAAAACCUGGCGGCGGCAAAGCUCCAGGGCAUCAUGGAGGACCUGAACAUGUCCACCGAACAGUUUGCUACCGCAGUCUCCAUCCUCUUCGUUGGAUACUUGCCCUUCCAAAUUCCAAGCAACCUUCUCAUUACGAAGAUCUCGCGACCUGGCAUGUACAUAUGUGGAGCUGUGGCGAUAUGGGGCUGUAUUUCAGCCUGCACAGCGGUGGUCAAAACAUACGGUCAACUCCUCGCAGUACGAGCCGUCCUCGGAGCCGCCGAAGCCGUAUUCUUCCCCGGUGCGAUCUACUAUCUGUCAGCCUGGUACACAAAGAUGGAACUCGGCAAGCGAAUCGCCGGUCUAUACAUCGCCCAGCAAGUCGGCAACGCCUUCGGUGGCCUCUUCGCAGCAGCCAUUCUCCAACUCGAUGGCGUCCACAAUAUCCGCGGCUGGCAAUGGCUAUUCAUUAUCGAAGGCAGCGCAACAGUUGGCAUUGGCAUCAUCUGUGCCUGUAUCAUGCCCGAGUUCCCACACAACAGCCGUAUCCUGUCCCAGACCGAGCGAGAAUUUGCCGUGUGGCGAAUCGAGUCGGAAGCCGGUGCAGGAGAAGCCUCAGAGCAAGAGAGUGUCUGGAAGGGAUUCGCAAAAGCGCUGUCCGACCCGAAGCUGAUCCUUCUCAUUCUUUGCAACAUGCUCUCACAGACUCAGGGGUCCAUCGCCAACUACUUCCCCACUCUUGUCGGCUCCCUCAACUUCUCCAGUACGAUUAGUUUGCUUCUUACUGCACCACCUUACAUUCUUGCCGGUAUUGUAUACUACUGGAUCAUGUUCUACUCCGACCGCAAGAACACCGUUUACCCCAUAAUUCUUAUCUGCAUCGCCAUCUCCAUUGUCAUGUACAUCAUCCCUAUGGCUACGCUGAAUGUUGGCGCCCGCUAUUUCUCAAUGAUGAUUUUACCCUUUGCCUCUGUCGGACCGCAACUGCUCCUCUACAAGACCAUUAACCUGCAUCUUGCCAGACCUGUCUCGAAGCGUGCUGCUGCAUCCGCUCUGGUCAAUGCUAUUGGUGGAACAUCAAAUAUCUGGGCAUCAUAUCUGUACUACGGCUCCCCGCAUUUCUAUGCUGCUUUCGGAACGCUGAUGGGCGCUGCUGUCCUAUUUGGCUUUACUAUUACUGCGUACCGCUGGCUUGUGUUGCGUGAGAAUAGGCGCUUGGACUCGGGUGACCCAGCGCAGAUCGCUCAGGUGGUGAAGGGUGGUGUCACUGAAGAAAUGAUCUCGCUUAACUGGCGCUAUGAAAUGUAUUAA